AUGUCCUCUACCAUCCUCUCCGCCGUCAUCUUCUACCUCUUUCCCACCUUGCUCCUCCUCUCUAUCAUCCUCUUCUUCACCCUCACCGUCCCCCUCCACACCACAUCGCAACUACGACGCCCGGCGCACCCUCGACCACACCCUGGCCUCGCCCUUGCUCGACCUGGUGGUGGUUCUGGUGCUGGUGUUGGCCGUGGGGAGCGACAAAGGGUCUCCAUCGAAGGGCAGCCUUACGACGCUCUACCUCUCACCACGGUGUCAACAGAGAAUGAUGUGGAUCUGGACACGACGACGUGGUUGAACCUGCCCGCCGAGAACAUUGCCCAUCGCUACGCACCCGACCACUCGGGCAGGUUCAGGUCGCCUCAGAUGGCAGGCCGUUCGGGAGAAUGCGAUUUUGUCUGGCGGUAUCGAGCCCAUGACCGCGGCGGCCAACAUGUGGUCGGAGAGCAGGAAGAUGAUGAGCCUGCCAGAGGACCGUCUUGGGCCAUUGAGAGUAAAGUCAGGGGAGCUAUACGAGGAGUCACCGCCGCCGUCUACCUGUCCCUCCGCUCCACCGGCACCUUCCACCUCAACGUCAUCCGUCGUUUAUCUCCCGAUCACGCCCACACCGAACUGGACGAUGAUUUCCUCAACGCGGGCGGUCUGGAGCUGGAAGAUUGGGACGAUGUGAAGGCGAGGGUGAGGUCGACGUUGACUCAGAUAGCCAACGAGUUCAACAAGUCGACUCACCGCUACAUAGUUCUCCACGACAGAGACACAUACCUCCUCUUCCGACGGUCUGAAACGUUGGGUACGAUACUCGUCAGUGCACCCAUCACCAACCUCGGUCUCUUGUUCCCGCCUCCUCAUCUUCCUCGACCCCGACCCCACUCUUUUACGUUUUUCUACCGUCUCCUCGGCCUCUCCCGCUCGACCGACGAACCGAGGUCACUGCUCGUACAUCGACCUCUCGGACUGUGGCUCGCGUUGAUCCUCCACUGUCGGGACGUCAAUCUUGGGAGGGCUGACCGAAUUGCCCAAGCGGUUCAUGGACGCGGUGGUGGUGGUGGCCGGGGCGGUGCACGAGGGCUACAAAGUGGGAGGGAUGAUCAUGGCGAGUCGGAUGGUGAUGAAGCAUUAACACCCCGAACGUUGCGCUCUUUGACAUCAUUGAUCUCGCCCGCCUCAAACCGGUUCACAAAGACGAGGGCAAUCUGGACCGAUAUACCUGAGCAUUCCGAGUUGGAACAUUCGCCCGUUUCCCCCGCAGUGAGCGAUGAUUCGUCCGUGUCUUCGACACAACAAGAGGUCUCUCAGUGGCCCAAACAGAUUCCGUCAUCGAUCCAUCUCUCCCUCUCUCCUUUUGACACGUCCCGUUUCCCUUUCAAAGCCGGCAUUCUCUCUGUUGUCGCCCCCGACUCGGAUCAUGACUCGACAUCAACCGCCCCGGUCGUCCUCGGGCCGUACGUCAACAGCGGUCGGAUCUGGGAUUCUUACUCUGCCACCCUGAUCCCAUCUCGUCCCUCUCUGUCUCCUCCUUCCCGUCAUGGACCGUCAUGGUCUCCUCCCUCGGCCCAUUCCCGCUCGUCGCGCUCCUCCGACCCGCCCACGUCCACCCGCCUCGUCGCCAAGGUCUCUUCGCCUGACCCCAUGUAUGAUCGACCUCGUGGGAUCCCCCGUGUGACCGAGCAAGAGAUUGUGUCCGCCGUGAGACGCGAGACGGAAGCUUACAGCCGUCUCUCGCCGCUGCAGGGAGACUGUGUAGGCCGCUGGUUGGGUGUCUAUCGAGGACAGCUCGUACGUCUCGGCACCGGACAUGAAUCAAGUUCAUGGGAAGUCAUGUGUGAUGUCUGGGUAUGCCUGAUGGAGGAUCUAGGUGGUGAACCCAAGGGUGAUGAGGUCAGGCGAGCUGCCGAAACCAUCCUAGCGUCGUACGCCGCUAUCCACUCUCUCGGUGUCAUUCACGGUGAUGUCGGACGACGACACGUACGCUUUCCCAAUCAUGCUCAUGCAUCCGGUCUAGCGACCAUCAUCGAUUUCUCGGAUUCACAAUGUCAUCCCGUCGACCGUCGGCGGAGGAGCGUCAAGGGUGACGAGCCAGGGCCAAGGGCUAGGAUCCAACAGGCGAGGAAAGGGAGAAGAGGAGAGCACAAUGUGUUUGAGGAAGAAAUGCGAGCGUACCAAGCAUGGGUGUCCAUCUGUGAUAGUCAAAGAACACAACAAUUGUCCUUACCACUCAAAGUCGCAAUUACUAUAGAUAGAUCAUUGUGCAAUCCCCUUUCUGAUAAACGCUCCAACAAUGCACAUCUCGAUGAACAUCAGGAAGCUGUUCUCAUUGUCCGUACCACUCAAAGUUGCAAUUACUAUAGAUAG